GAAAUCAAUCAGCAAAGGGGCGUUAAGUGUUUCUAUAUCAAUUUUGUACCAACCCUUCUCUGUAACUCGACAAAUAUUUUCGGCUUCAUAGAAGAUUAACUAGCCAUACACGGAUUCCAAGUACCAAUAAACAGAGAGCUCAGAAUGUCUCUUCCAAGUCACAGCUCACCAAGAAUCAAAGCUCUGAUUGAGAAGCAGAAAGAAACAGACCGCAACACAAUCCAAGUAAGAGUAGGAAAGCACAAAAAUGCAUACACACUCGAAAAAGAUGUCCUGUACCGAAACGCUCCAUUUCUCAAAGGGGCUUGCGAACAUUAUUCGCGGGGACUGGAAUACAGUGCUAUCAACUUUCCACAAACGAAUGAUGUGGUUUUCAAGUUGUUUAAGGCCUGGCUUUAUAAGCUGGAUUUGGGGGAUGCUGACCAGGAGAUUGCGCAAUGGAAGGCUAGGAGGGUGAAAACUGGCGAGAAGGAGAAAAAGAUCGAUGAAGGACCACUUAUAGAUCUGGAAACCUCGAAGGGGAAGGAAAACACAAAGAACAUUAGCGAAUCCCAGAAAAACGAGAAUUUGGAGAUGGCAAACGGCGAUCUGAACACCACCAGCAAUGUAGCGCUAACAAACUUUUGUUAUCCUCACAUGGCCAACCUUCUGGAUCUAUAUCUCUUCGCCGACAUGGCCAAACUAUCACUUCUAAAGAACCAGUGCAUUGCGAAAUACUAUCGAUUCACUAAAGCCACGGGGUACAUCAUGACACCCUGGCUUUCGUACAUGUGGAAACAUACCAGAAAGGAGAUGCUGAUGCGCAAAUUUCUCCUCGAUUUGCUGACAUGGGAAAUGCCUCCUUUGUUGUUCGAAACCAACUCGAAGGAUUUUCCCGAGGAAUUGAGAAUCGAACUUUUGGUUAACAUGGGUUACGUUAUUCAGGUGGCUCGGCAUGGUACGACGGUGUUGGAGAAGUGUAAUCCUUUGAAUGAUCUUGACAAUUACUAUGAGGAGGUUGAGAAAUUGGAUACGUGAGUUGGAGUUUCGAUGGGUUAUAGUAUGGAAAGCGUGUGUUUCUGGAUGGACGUCCUGUCUGCUCAGGAGCUAGAUGGAAUUAUAUGGUCGGAUAUCAAUAUCAAAGUAGGGUCAUCGGCGAUCA